GUGGCGGGGGCGGCCAUGUUGGCCAUCGCGGGCACCAUUGUUGGGCCUGGCUGAAGAGGAAGUGAGGCCGGUCGGGUGCGACCGACUCCCUGGGAGCGGAGCCGCGGGCUGAGGCUGCGAGCUUGCAGGUUCACUGUGCGGGUGACUGCGAGUGCGGGCCUUCUGACUUACAAAGUCGGAGGCUUCUCAGCCUUGUGAGGGUGUUUGCUAAUUAGAACAGAGAAACCUUUCCCCUUAGAGGCGUGAUCUUUAGGAAUGUAAGGUUAUUAUGGUUUGUGAAAAAUUAUGGCACCCGUUACCGGAGUCAUAGGCGAAAUCACGAUGCGCGCUGUUGGGAACAGAACCUUGAUGUGGAAAUGGCUGUGCGGGUCCUAGUUUCACUUUAAAACGGGUAAGAGUUGCAGCUAGGACUUCUCUCAAACUUGUGUGCUGAGGAGACUCGAUGUGGACCUCAGCUCCUAGGCUGAAAUCAGCAGACUGGCUCAUGAAAACUUGUGUACUGAGACAAAGGAAAGGAUCUAGCAGAAAGCAACGUCUCUUAUCCUGGGCUUGGCAGCAAGGAAGAGGACAAGUAGUGGAAAUCCUUCAAUCUGAAAAGCAAACUGAAAGGUGACAAAGAAGCUGAAGAUGGGUGGCGGAGAGAGGUAUAACAUUCCAGACCCUCAAUCUAGAAAUGCUAGUAAGAACCAAGAACAGCAAAAUAGACAGAAGAGCAAGGAUCAGAAUUCUUCCCAGACGAAGAUUGCUCAUAAGAAAAAGGAACGAGGACAUGGGUACAAUCCAGCAGCAGCAGCAUGGCAGGCCAUGCAAAAUGGGGGAAAGACCAAGAGCCUUUCUAACAACUCCAACUGGAAUGCUGGUUUAUCAAGUCCUAGCUUGCUUUUUAAGUCUCAAGCUAGUCAGAACUAUGCUGGAGCCAAAUUUAGUGAACCACCAUCACCAAGUGUUCUCCCCAAGCCACCAAGCCACUGGGUUCAUGUUUCCUUGAACCCUUCAGAUAAGGAAACGAUGACAUUUCAACUUAAAACCUUACUUAAGGUACAGGUAUAAAGUUAGUAGGUGUUAACUUUAAAUUGUGACGCUUACACAUGACAUCUGAUUUAUGUGCUGUACACACUAUACAGUGUCGAUGCAAUUUCAACAAUUUAAGUGACUAAUUGAUUCUACUUGGUAAAUUCAAGUUUAGAUCUGGGAAAUAGUAACCUUAACUUUUUUAUUGUUUGAUGGGAAAAAUUAAGAUUUAUGGGUUAACACACAACUUCUGAAGAAGUCAGACAGUGCAUUUAGCAUAUACAAGGUUGCACAGUUCAGUUUCAUGGUCUAGGGUCAUCCAAACUAUCUUGGGCAUUUUUCAAAAGAUAGCGGCGCAGCACAUGUCCCAGUGGUCAUUUCUUAAAUGCAGUGGAUAAGUACCCAGAGAUGUACCAAGUCUAUUCUAAAAACAGACAGUGCUGACUAGCACCCCACAAAGCUGCUAAAGUGAUCCUGGCCUCACCUAUAUACAAAGCCUGUUUGAAGUAGGGAGUUGUGUUUGUGACAUUUAAAGUCAUGUAAAUACAUGUAAUAAGCUUGUAACAUAUGUAAUGUUUUCUUAGCCUUUAUUCUACAAAAAUAAGACUAUUUUUAGUGUGAAUUUGAUGAAUGUAAGACCAUGAACUGUUUUUUUUUUAAAAAUCUUAUGGCCUAAUUUUGAAGGUCUCCAAUUUUUAAAGGUUGCCCUUGUGCUUAAGUGCCAGAGUGAAUCAAUGUAACUGAUGUGUGAAAUCUGUUGUAUUAAGUUUUUAUAAUUGAAAAGAUUUAAGCUACAUUUCCUGUUUUUUUUUAAAGAGAUAUAAAGAUGUAGGACAAAACUUCCUCCCCAACCAUCUUAAACCCAAAGACUCAUUUUGGCUUUAUCAACCCUAAGUCACCCCUGCCUGAUUAUGUGCAACCCCUCAUUUUCAUUGGCAAAGGGAAAAAGUCUCUUGUGUUAUUAAACCCAGUAACAAUUACUUCUCAAUCUUUAUGAGCAGAAGAGCUAAAUUGUGUUUUCUCAAUUAAGUUCAGAGCAAGAGUUCAAGUCAAACAUUGAGUAUCCUAAAGGACAAGUUCACAAAACUAUAAUCUGACUGAAAAAUAAAAUUCAUAAAUAAACCUUUCCUCCCUA